AACGUUAAAUUUAAUCAGUAUUUAACGUUAAAUGUAAUCAGUAUUUAACGUUAUUGUUGCGCUCAGGCUUCUCCAAUCUGCCUGCCCCGUUACGCUGCUGCUCUCCUCCGGUGACCCGGUCGAUAGUCCGGAUGGUGAGGGCAUCUGUCAAUCCGCUGCACGCUUCCGCCAGACGAUCCUCGGCAAUCCCACCCUCCUCGUCCGUGUCUGGGAGACUAGCCAGUGUGAUGCGUGCUGUGGCCGCCAGUCUCCGUGUGAUUCGGGAAGCACACAUCGCAGCGCUCCAGUCCUUUUGCCGGCUGUGGCAGUCUGCUUCGUCGCCGAGCCGAAUACAUGCUGAAAACGCCGAUCUCCACAAGGCUGAAUGCUCUUUCGCUGUAUUGCCAAUCGCAGUCAAGGUUUCCGUUUGGUAGGCAUUGUCUUUCCUCCGAUCUGUGACUUCGUCUUCAGAUACUGCGACUGUUUUUGUAAUUCUCGGACUUAGACGCUGCGAGGGCUGGAAAGAUGUAAACCUCCCUUGGCUUUUAGUGUAGCCGCAUAUUGCCGUGGUUUCCAGCCUGUUUUUACUGGGAGCACUGAGAUGCGCUACGCUGCGUGAGACCGCACUGGCAGCUGGAGCGGACUGUGCCGAUCUCUGCUGAAUUACAGUACACCAACUCUAAACAGCCGUGUGAGGUAUCCAAGAUGUCAAAUCAAACCAGGUUCAAAAAGGACAAGGAAAUAAUUGUGGAGUACGAGGGUCAAGUGAAAGAGAUCCGGUCCCAGCUGGUGGAGCAGCAGAAAUGCCUGGAGCAGCAGACGGAGAUGAGGGUGCAACUCCUCCAGGACCUGCAGGACUUCUUCCGGAAGAAGGCAGAAAUCGAGGUGGAGUACUCCCGAAACCUGGAGAAGCUGGCGGAGCGCUUCAUGGCUAAGACACGCAGCACCAAGGACCACCAGCAGUACAAGAAAGACCAGAACCUGCUGUCCCCAGUUAACUGCUGGUACCUCCUACUGAACCAGGUGAGGCGGGAGAGCAAGGACCAUGCCACCCUCAGUGACCUGUACCUGAACAAUGUCAUCAUCCGUUUCAUGCAGAUCAGUGAGGACUCCACUCGACUCCUCAAGAAGAGUAAGGAGAUAGUCUUUCAGCUCCAGGAGGACUUGAUGAAAGUUUUAAAUGAGCUGUACACCGUGAUGAAGACGUAUCACAUGUACCACACAGAAAGCAUGAGUGCCGAGUGCAAACUGAAGGAAGCUGAGAAGCAGGAAGAGAAGCAGGUGGGGCGAGCAGGGGACCCUGUCUUCAGCAUCCGCAUGGAGGACAAGUAUCAGAGGCGCAGCUCCAUGAAGCGGAUCGAGAAGAUGAAGGAGAAGCGCCAGGCCAAGUACUCUGAAAACAAGUUGAAGCUAAUCAAAGCACGGAAUGAGUACCUUCUAACUCUAGAGGCAACAAAUUCCUCCAUGUUCAAGUACUACAUUCAUGACUUGUCUCAUUUAAUUGAUUGCUGUGACCUGGGUUACCAUGCCAGUCUGAACCGGGCACUGCGCACCUACCUCUCAGCGGAGUACAACCUGGAGACAUCCCGCCAUGAGGGCCUGGACAUCCUGGAGAAUGCUGUGGACAGCCUGGACUCCCGCAGCGACAGACAGCGGUUCAUGGAAAUGUACCCCACCGCCUUCUGUCCCCCGAUGAAGUUUGACUUCCAGCCACACAUGGGUGAUGAGGUGUCACAUAUUACUGCCCAACUUCCUGUACAAGCUGAACUUGUGCUGAGGGUUCAGCAGCUGCUGUCCCGUCUCGCCACGCUGAACAUUGAGAAUGAAGAGAUCAAGAAGACACUGGAGGCCACCCUGACCACCAUCCAAGACAUGGUAUCUGUGGAAGACUAUGAUGUUUCUGAGAGUUUUCACCACAGCCGCUCCACAGAGUCAGUUAAAUCAGCUGUAUCCGAGACAUACCUCAGCAAGCCAAGCAUGGCAAAGAGGCGUGCCAACCAACAGGAGACUGAGCAGUUCUACUUCAUGAAGUUCCGCGAGUUUAUGGAGGGCAGUAACUUGAUCUCCAAGCUUCAGGCUAAGCACGAUCUGCUGAAGAGGACUCUUGGAGAAGGUCAUCGGCCUGAGCACAUGACUACCAGAGAAUCGUGUUUGAUCUGCUCCCUUUUUCUCUUCUGCCUCAUCUCAACAUGUAGCCGUAGCCGACGGAACUCUCACUCCAGAAACCAGGACUCUGGCCAAGCAAUCCCUUGUCUGGUUGAGAGCUGCGUCCGCUUCAUUAAUCUCUAUGGCCUUCAGCACCAGGGCAUAUUCCGGGUGUCCGGGUCCCAGGUGGAAGUUAACGACAUCAAGAACUCGUUUGAGCGAGGCAACGACCCACUGACAGAUGAUGAGAACAACCAUGACAUCAACUCAGUGGCUGGGGUUCUAAAGCUCUACUUCCGGGGCUUGGAAAACCCACUCUUUCCCAAAGAAAGAUUCAAUGACCUGAUUUCCUGUGUCAGAAUGGAGAAUCUUUAUGAGAGAGCCCUGUACAUCCGAAACAUUCUGGUGACCCUGCCAAGGUCCGUCCUCAUACUGAUGCGCUACCUUUUCUCCUUCCUGAACCACUUAUCCCAGUACAGCGAUGAGAAUAUGAUGGACCCAUACAACCUGGCCAUCUGCUUCGGACCCACACUGAUGCCCACCCCCGACAUCCAGGACCAGGUGUCCUGCCAGGCACAUGUCAACGAGAUUGUCAAGACCAUCAUCAUCCACCAUGAGACCAUAUUUCCUGACUCCAAGGAGUUGGAAGGACCCGUGUAUGAGAAGUGUAUGGCAGGGGGUGACUACUGUGAUAGUCCCUAUAGUGAGCAUGGCACCCUUGACGAGUUGUACCAGGAUGGGGACACACAUACAAGCGAGGAUGAGAGUGAGCCCAUUGAAGCCAUCGCCAAGUUUGACUACAUGGGCCGCUCAGCCCGCGAGCUGUCCUUCAAGAAGGGUGCCUCCUUGCUGCUGUACCAGCGUGCCUCCAACGACUGGUGGGAGGGACGGUACAAUGGAGUUGAUGGCUUGGUGCCUCACCAGUACAUCGUGGUGCAGGAUGUGGAUGACACCUUCUCGGAUACCAUGAGCCAAAGGGCUGACAGCGAGGUCACAGAUGGCAAUGGCUCUGGGAAGGACACAGGCUCCCUGAUUGACAGACCCCCAGAGACAUAUGUCAGCAGACACAGGAAGAGGAUGGAUGCUUCCACUCGCGGGCCUCCUGGGCCACUAGAGACAGGCUCAUCCAGUGGGCCCUGUAGCCCAAGGGACCUCCUGCGGGGGCGCCAUAUGGUAGCCCUGGACAGCCCUGGGCAGCGGCGAAAGACUGGAAGGCACGAGUCACUCCAGAAAACAGAGAGCCCUCCCAUUCGCCAUUCCCCCUCUUCAGGCCAGUAUGGCUGCCUCUCCGAGCCCCUUGGAAAGCCGCUAGACCCAGAUACCAUCGCUCAGGACAUAGAGGACACGAUGAAUACGGCCUUGAAUGAGCUACGGGAGUUGGAGCUUCAAAGCUCAAGCAAGCCGGCCCCAGAUGUGGUGCUGGACACGUUGGAGCAAAUCAAGAACGCCCCCCCACCUGCUAGUCUGCCACCUCACAGCCCCCUCCGCAGCCUGCUCCUGCGCCCAUCAGAGGCAGCAACCCUAUACCGUGGCCCUGGCUCAUCUUCCGACUCCUUAGCCACCUUCAGGCCCGCCGUGGCUCCCCGCAUGGGAGUCCAGCUCAGGCCUCCUAUUCUGCGGCCCAAGCCCCUGGUGCUUCCCAGGCCAGGCACAUCCCAGCCGACAGCCCCCACUUUGCAAGGGCCUCUGGACAAGACCUGCACUAUGUGACUCCUCCCCUAGUCACUUUGGAAUGAUGCACAUUAUCCCUGUCGUUGAAGUCAUUGGUCAUAAGCUAAAUUAGGCAUCUCUAAACUGCUUAGAUAAAGGGGGAAGGGACACUACAAUGACUGUUACAAGUUAAUGAAAGAAUGUAUCAGAUGACAGAUAUGUCUCCAGUUAUUAUUGAAUUUGUAAACCUGUCUACAGGGGAUUAUUAUAUUGCUCUGUUAGCCACCAUAGUGAGAGCAUUUAUUUUAUGUGCAAGAAAUAGUUAUAAAGGUGUCUUUUGGAGAAUAGUUUUAACUUAGCAUAUUAUAAAUACAUAUUGCUAUAAUACAAUGAUAUUUGUAAGACAAUUCUAGUUAAAAUGCAAUAAAGAACACAUCACAAAGGUUUCCUAUAUGGUUAGGUGACUUCUCAGUGGUAGCUGUAACGAGAGUUCCCCUUCCCUUGGUGUGAGUUUGAAUUGGGGUAUUGUAGGAAAUGUAGUCUAUUACUCUAAAUAUGUUCGCCUGAACUGUAAUGCUGCCAUUUGUGAUUUAUACAGCCUUUUAUAUGACCGCCACAUAGAAAUCGAAGCCUUCCCUUUGUCCUGAAUAAAGUUUAACAGCAUCUCUGCUAAGCAGCUC